AUGCCAAACCUUCACGCGCAUUACUACCAUGGGAAUCUCAAGGCGUUCCGGCAAGAGCUGGACGGGACUGCAGCGGCGGCGCAAAAGCAGGACAGGGGCAAUAAUGGGGUAGGGAGUGCGAGUUUCGGGAAGAGCUGGACGUUGAGUGGGGGUGCGGGGGGAGUCGUCAAGGCCGAUCCGAACGAGCGGGAUGCGUUUGGGCGGACGGUGCUCCAUCUGGCUGCAACCUCAGCAACGCAACAAUCCUGGUCCUUCUUCCUCUUGCUUCUUCGGAACCCGCACAUCUCGGUCAAUCUGCAGGAUACAGAGUCUGGAUAUACCGCCUUACAUCGGGCGCUCUUCGCUGGUAAUAUAAGAGCGGCGAGGGAGCUGUUACUCAGGAACGAUGUUGAUCCUGCCAUCAGGGAUAUGGAGGGGAUGACGGCGUUCGAGCUGUAUAACGGGACAGUGGAUGGGACCAAUCCGGAGGGUGAUGUGGAUGGGACGGACAUGUUUGUUUGGGGUGUGAACCGCAAUUUCGCCCUCGGUACUGGUGACAGCUCGGACAAGGCCUUUCCCGACCGCGUCAACCUCCUGACUCAGCGUCAAGCGUCAGAUCAGCCCGAUCCGGCUCAGCGUUUCCACCACGUCGGCGUCAAAGACGUCGUCAUGGCCAAACUGCAUACCGGGGUGGUUACUACCGAGUCAAGGGGUAAUCUGAGCUUGUGCGGGUUCGGGUCGAACGGACGACUUGGUCGAACAGUCCACUCCCAACUCUCCCUUCUUCCUCUACCUGACCUUCCGCACACCCUGACCCAAAUCGCUCUAGGUCAAGACCACACCCUCGCCCUUACAUCUGGCGGCUACAUUCUCUCAUGGGGCCACAACCGGUUCUCUCAACUCGGAUACGUUAUUGAUCUGCCGGAUCGUCCAGCGGGCAUGUCUCUAGGGAAGGAUGACCCGGAUUUGCAGGUCUCGCCAAGGAGGAUCGUAGGGCCUUUGAAGAAGGAGUGGGUGAGGGGUGUAGCGGCGGGCAGGUUGAGCAGUGCGUGUUGGACCGAAGACACCGUUUGGACUUGGGGAACCAACACGGGGCAAUUAGGAUAUGAGAAGUCGGCGAAUCCAGUACAGAUCCUACCGAGAAAGGUCACUCAGCUAUCCCAGCCAGUCAUCGACAUAUCUCUGUCGGACUAUGCUAUGGUUUGCCUUCUCGACAAUCUCGACGUUCUAUGCUUCCACCACGAUACAACGUUCAAAAUUAGCUUUUCGACUCCUCGAAUCCUAUCCGAUGCGUUUCCAUUCCGGCCACCUCAGUCCACACUCAAGCCAUCCAUCAAAAAGGUCACUUGCUGCGGUAGCACCUUUGCGGCCCUCUCGUCCAUCGGGGACGUCUUUACGUUUAGCUUGCCAAAUCCGAUGGAGGAUAGUAGCAAGGAGGGGAGAGAUCGACAUGUGACUGUCAAGCCGCAGUUGAUCUGGGCGUUGAGGAAGCGGUUCACCGCCGUAAAGGACGUCGCGCUUGGCUCGGACGGGACAGUCAUUAUCUGCACGCACGCCGGCCACGUCUUUGUCCGACAACGCACCAAGGCCGGCUCGGGCUCGCUCAAGUUCAAGCACAUCCCUUAUCUCCAGCGGAUCAUCAAGGUCGCUACGAACGAGUCUGGCGCCUUUGCAGCUAUCCGGGUCGAUGCCAAACCACUCCCCAUCGCUCUUACCGGAAAGACACUGGAAGAGGAUCUGUUCCUCCUCCAGCCGCACUUCCAGCGGUUCGAGCACCAAGUGACAGCGGCGGACUUUGAGGCCCACGGCAAGCCCAAGAACGUGAACGAGGAUGAGGAGGACGAGGGUUCCAACUCGGUCACCAAAGACACGGCGGUGGCAUUCAAGAUGUGCACUAUCCUCCGGCGGUGGCGGUCCUCAGAUACCGACUCGCUCUUCUCGUGGAGCGAGCCGCUCUUGGGGAGCGAUAUCCGCCUCGUCGUCAACGGCCUCGCUAUUCCCGCUCAUCGAUCCAUCCUCGCUCUCCGGGUCCCAGCGCUGGACAAGCUCUUCUCGGGUACCGGCAAGGUCGACCGUUUCUCCAUGUCCAAAUCCAACCCAUCGGCGGUCGCCGUGCAGGCGUGUCAUCCACUGGUGAUACUGCUGCUCAUGCAGUAUAUCUACUCGGACGAUAUCGCGGCGAUAUGGGACACUCGGGUCUCACGGGCCAUCCAGGAGAAAUACGCCGAUUUGAAAUUGCCGCACGCGCAGAUUAAGGCGGAUCUCAAGGCUAUCUCGGACGUGCUUGGUUUGAAGCCGCUAUCAAACGUCCUCGAGUCGGCUGGGAAGACUCCGAUUACCCAGCGGACACUGCCGGUAGACGUCCAGGCAUUCUUCAGCAAAACACAUACCGGCCAAGCAUCGUCCUCCUCGCCGCUGGCCACGGACAUCACCCUCCUUCUGGCCGAUGAGAAGGAGGUGCACUGCUCCUCCAUCAUCUUGAGGUCACGGUGUCCCUUCUUCGAGGCGAUGUUUGCGGACUCGGAGUGGACUGCGUCGAGGCACGAAGGUGCAGGUGGGCGGGUGGUGGUGAGGAUGACGCAUCUCAAGUGGAGGCCGAUGCAGUUGGUCUUUAGGUUCCUACACGAGGGGACGGAGGAUGGGCUGUUUGAUUAUCUCCAUCAAGAGACCAUGGAUGAAUUCCUGGACUUUGUGUUCGAGGUGCUUGCUGCUGCUACCGAGCUCCUCCUAGACCGGCUCGUCCUGAUCUGCUCCCGCGUCAUCAUCCGCCACUGUACAGUCUACAACGCCGCUUCCCUCGCAUGCGAAGCCAACUUUUACCAGGCCACCGCCCUCAAGCACUCCAUCCUUUCUUACAUCCUGGCAUCGAUGGAGACCAUGCUCGAAUCGGGUCUAUUGGACGACAUGGACGAGGAGACUCUCGCGGACCUCUCCAAAUCCGUCGAAAUUGCGCAAGCCAAGAAAUUGCCCAUCUCGAAGAACGGAGUGCUGGUGGCUCAGGCGAUGGAGAAUCAGAAGGAAUGGCUGGCACUCCAGGAUAUCCCGGUUCCUAGGGUGAGACAGCCGUAUCGGUGGAAACCGAGGAGUCCGGCCUUAUCGCCCGUCGAUCCGUUCACCUCUGGCGCAGGCGUCGCAGGGGGAGGGGGAGGUGGAAAAGAUAGGAGAAGGAUUCCGUCGUCCCCGCUCCACAGUCCAGAGAUGGUACCCAUAUCGGCGUCCUCGACGAUGGAUGACAUCUUUACGAUGGACGAAGAACGGGUCUCGUCGCCUGCGACCCGGGCGAGUGGGCGGGGAACCCCCAAGUCCGGAGCGGGACGGCCCAUGACGCCGCUGGAUCUCUCGUCGGGCUCGGGCGGGCCAACAGCGGGAGGACCGGUCUGGCGGUCGGCGGCGGUAGAUGCGCAAAAGGUGGAUCUGAGGAUCGUCAUGGCCGAAGCGGCGACCAAGACGCCCGCCAGGCCUGCCUUACCCAAGGCAGCGGGAUCACCACGGGUGGGACCUACUCAGUCGCCCUCGCUCACUCCGGCAAAGUCGGCGAGCUUGGCGCGAUCACCCCCGUCGACUGCGUCUUCAGCCAGCGGAUGGAGGCCACUGGAGAGCACCAAGACAUCCCUAACGGCCGUCCAAGCCCAACAGGGCUUCCCUCCUCCUUCCCUUUCCCCGGCAGGUACCUCGCGUCCGUCCGCCUCGCAACAAUCACCCAUCCCCAAUCGGACCCCUUCAGCCACAUCCAAAACCUUCAAGUCGCCGCCCGUUUCUGGAUCGGGACCGAGCCUUACCCCUCGCAAGUCUUCUGGACCCGCAUGGGCCGCUUCGGCCGCCACGCCCUUUGCGCCCCCACCCCGUCCCCCACCCGUGCCCACCCUAGCCACCUCUCCGAAUUCUGCCAACACGCUCUCCUUUUCUCUUCUCGCUAUCCAGCAGGAAGAGCGGGACUACGCCGACCGGGCCCAGAAGAAACCGGUCAAGAGUAUGAUGCAGAUUCAGAAGGAGGAGCGGGAGCGGCAGGAGGCGGCGGUGCAGGAAGUGGAGUUCAUGAGGUGGUGGGAGGAAGAACAGGCUCGGGUGGCGAAAGAGAGUGGAGGUUCGAGUGGGGGGCAGGGGCAGGGACAGGGGGAAGCGGGGAGGGGGAGAGGUGGAGGAAGAGGGGGAGGGGCUGCGGCAGCAGGGAGGGGAGGUGGGAGAGGCGGGGCAAAACGGGUCCCGCCGAGCAGAGGAAGGGGCGGGAAGGCCGGACCGGCUGGGUCAGCGGAAGGCGCCGGGAGAGCACAGGUCGCGGCGGUGCUGCCGACGCCGGUACCUGUGUCCAACGGACAUCCAGUCCAGGCACCACGGCAGACUCUACCGGCUGCGCCAAGGACGGUCGAGCGAACACCCGUCCCGAAGGUAUCUGCGGGCGGUCUGCAUGCCACUGCGCUGCCCUUCAUCCCGCCCGCUUUCGUCCCUCGGGGUCAAGUGGUCGGUCAAAAUCAAAACGGACACCCUAACGGUGCGGCAUGA